AUGUGCUCUUGUGACAAUACAAACCUCAAUCAUGUGUUAGGCAUCCCCUUUUACGGGCGUACAUUCACGUUGGCCACACCACAAAACAAUAGUUUCAACGCACCUACAACAGGGCCGGGAGGUGCCGGACCAUACACUCGGUCCAUCGGACAUUUGGGCUAUAAUGAGAUUUGCGAAAACAAGUCUUGGGAUACAAAGUGCUGCGACAAACGCAUGGCUCCCUAUGCUGUAAAUGGUAAUCAAUGGGUUGGCUACGAUAAUGAGCAAAGUAUCAAGGCAAAAGUGGAGUUCAUUAAGAGUAAGGGUUUGGGUGGGGCUAUGGUGUGGGCCAUAGAGACCGACGACUUUAGGGAUGUUUGCGGUUCGGGAAAGUAUCCCUUACUUAAUGCCAUUAAUAAUGCGUUAAAAGGUUAA